AUGGCUCCCAUCAAAGUCGGCCUGGUAGGGUAUGGCUCAUCUGUCAAGAUCUUCCACCUUCCUUUCAUCCUCCCGAACCCAGAUCUCGAAGUCCACGCCUUCUUGCAACGAGCUGAAGCGCCAGAGGACAAGUCGAAAGUCGAAAGUGGCAAGCAUUGCACUGUAGACCAUCCCAAUGUCCAACACUACAGAACAGCCAAGGCCUUCUUUGGCGAUGGAGAUAUCGAGCUGGUGAUUGUGUGCACUGGACACGACACACACGCCGAGCUUGCUGAACAAGCGCUGCAAGCUGGAAAGCAUGUCGUCGUCGAGAAACCCUUCACCAUAACAAGCGCCGAAGCCGACAACCUCAUUGCCGUAGCCAAAAAGCAGAACAAGAUCCUAACCUGCUACCAAAACCGCCGCUACGACUCCGACUUCCGCACAGUUCAGAAUUACAUCCGACAAGGCAUCUUCGGCCGCAUCACAGAGUUCGCCAACCACUACGACGUCGAUAAUCCACCUUGGAUCCAUAGUGACCGUGAACCACGACCUGGUGAUGGACUGUUGUAUGGACUUGGGAGCCAUUCGAUUGAUCAAACGCUGCAGCUCUUUGGGCUGCCGAAGUCUGUGACAGCAUUCAGUAGAACCCUACUGACGAAGUCGGAUGAUUCCUUUACGAUUGUGCUGCAGUACAGUGGUGGGCAUAAAGAUUUGAUCAGUACGAUCAAGACGACUGUCGUUGCGCCCAUUGGGCAGCAUCUUGCGUUGAAGUUUUGGGUUAGAGGGACGAAGGGGGUGUUCAUCAAGAACGGCGAAGAUAUGCAAAUCGAGCAUCUCCUCGAGAAUGGCCUUAAGCCGACAGAUCCCACCUUCGGCGUAGAGCCAGAGCGGUAUCAUGGAUACCUCACGACUCGGAAAGACAUUGAUGAGAAGUUCGAAAAGCCGAGUAGUCAGACAAGCGUCAAGUUCGAUAGGAAGGUGCCGAGUAAGCAGGGCUCGUAUUUGGACUACUAUAAGGAUGUUGUUGCUGCGAUUCGAGGGGAGAGGGAGGUUGCUGUGAAGCCGGAGCAGUCGCGAAAUGUCAUUAGGGUGAUUGAGUUGGCGAAUGAGAGUAUUGAGAAGGGGGUUACUGUGGCGUGGAGUUGA